AUGACGUCCGACCUGGAGAGCGGCUCCUGGUCCGACAUUGAAGACAGCCUGGACGACCUAAAGAUAUCUGCUACACCGUCGACUCCUGAUUACAAUAUGUCUAAAGACAUAGAAGUGGACGACUCCCCAGCCAAGUACACUAUCAAAAGAAUCAAAGAACUCGAAACAACCGUCAGGGCCCUUCAGCACCGCGUCGAAGCCCUAGAGUCAGUACAAGAAAGCUCUACAAAGCGCGAGGACCCCCCGAUCAGUGGCGAGGAACCCCCAUCAGUCGCGAAGCAGUCCUUGAGGCAUGGUCCAAGUGUCCUUUUCCCCCGUCGCGGGGUGGCAAAUGCGAAGUUCCAAUUUAUGAAGGCGACAUCCACGCUGAUAUUCAGGCAAUCGUAG